CGGAAGUCGCUUGUGUAUCAGCCCAGCGGCGGACCGGUGAGUGGAGUCGAUUUGCCGGCAGAACUUAGGCUGCGGGACCCCGGGCACUGUUGCUGCUGCGGGAGACCGUGGGCUGUUUAGUGCCAUGCACCCUUUACAGUGUGUCCUCCAAGUGCAGAGGUCUCUAGGGUGGGGGCCAUUGGCCUCUGUGUCUUGGCUGUCGCUGAGGAUGUGCAGGGCACACAGCAGUCUCUCUAGUACCACGUGUCCCAGUCCAGAGAGGCAGGAGGAUGGAGCUCGGAAGGAUUUCAGCUCCAGGCUGGCCACUGGACCGACUUUUCAACAUUUUUUAAAAAGUGCCUCAGCUCCUCAGGAGAAGCUGUCUUCAGAAGUGGAAGACCCACCUCCCUAUCUCAUGAUGGAUGAACUUCUUGGAAGGGAGAGAAAAGUCUACCUUGAGACCUAUGGCUGCCAGAUGAAUGUGAAUGACACAGAGAUAGCCUGGUCCAUCUUACAGAAGAGUGGCUACCUGCGGACCAGUAACCUCCAAGAGGCAGAUGUAAUUCUCCUUGUCACGUGCUCUAUCAGGGAGAAGGCUGAGCAGACCAUCUGGAACCGUUUACAUCAGCUUAAAGCCUUGAAGACAAGGCGGCCCCGCUCCCGGGUUCCUCUGAGGAUUGGGAUUCUAGGCUGCAUGGCUGAGAGGUUGAAGGAGGAGAUCCUCAACAGGGAGAAAAUGGUAGAUGUUUUGGCUGGUCCUGAUGCCUACCGGGACCUUCCCCGGCUGCUGGCUGUUGCUGAGUCAGGCCAGCAAGCUGCCAAUGUGCUGCUCUCUCUGGACGAGACCUAUGCUGAUGUCAUGCCAGUCCAGACAAGCCCCAGUGCCACGUCUGCCUUUGUGUCAAUCAUGCGAGGCUGUGACAACAUGUGUAGCUACUGCAUUGUUCCUUUCACCCGGGGAAGGGAGAGGAGUCGGCCUGUUGCCUCUAUUCUAGAGGAAGUGAAGAAGCUUUCUGAGCAGGGGCUGAAAGAAGUGACACUUCUUGGUCAGAAUGUUAAUAGUUUUCGGGACAAUUCAGAGGUCCAGUUCAACAAUGCAGUGUCUACCAAUCUCAGCCGUGGCUUUGCCACCAACUAUAAAGCCAAGCAAGGAGGACUUCGUUUUGCUCAUCUUCUGGAUCAGGUCUCCAGAGUAGAUCCUGAAAUGAGGAUCCGUUUUACCUCUCCCCACCCCAAGGAUUUUCCUGAUGAGGUUCUGCAGCUGAUUCAUGAGAGAGAUAACAUCUGUAAACAGAUCCACCUACCAGCCCAGAGUGGAAGCAGCCGUGUGUUGGAGGCCAUGCGGAGGGGAUAUUCAAGAGAAGCUUAUGUGGAGUUAGUUCACCAUAUCAAAGAAUCUAUUCCAGGUGUGAGCCUCAGCAGCGACUUCAUUGCUGGCUUUUGUGGUGAGACGGAGGAAGAUCACGUCCAGACAGUCUCUUUGCUCCGGGAAGUUCAGUACAACAUGGGCUUCCUCUUUGCCUACAGCAUGAGACAGAAGACACGGGCAUAUCAUAGGCUGAAGGAUGAUGUCCCGGAAGAGGUAAAAUUAAGGCGUUUGGAGGAACUUAUCACUGUCUUCCGAGAAGAAGCAACAAAAGCCAAUCAGAUGUCUGUGGGCUGUACCCAGUUGGUGCUAGUGGAAGGGCUCAGUAAACGCUCUGCCACUGACCUGUGCGGCAGGAAUGAUGGAAACCUUAAGGUGAUCUUCCCUGAUGCAGACAUGGAGGAUGUCAAUAACCCUGGGCUCAGGGUCAGAGCCCAGCCUGGGGACUAUGUGCUGGUGAAGGUGAGGAGUCCUUUUGGGCCGUCGGCUUGUACUGUGAAAUGAGUGUUGGUUUGGAUAAUUUGUGGUAAUAAAGUUUUUUCCUAGAGACACAUUUUAGUAAAAUAAAAAUCUCCUCUCAACCAGUACAAUGUAAGGGCACUUUGGAUUGUAUUUUAGACUGCUCCUUACUAAUGCCUUCUUAUUCUUCUUACCUUUUCUCCUGCCCUGCCCUGGAAGGGUUCUUUGUGGGAAUUCGGUGAGUUUGGAGUAAGCAGUGGCAUGUAGUUUCUUGCUGCAGAGAGGCCAGGAGGUGUAAGUGAUUUCGAGUGGGUAGAGAGUGUUCCCUGUCGGAGAUCAACGUGUUCUUUGUGAUCUCUGACGGCUCAGGCCUCUCUAACUUACAUGUGCUCAAGUUUCUUGGGUCUCUUCCCUGGACUUGCAGAUCAGCUAUAUGGCUGUGGGAUUUUCCCUCUCUUUCUUUCUGCCUUUCACUGGCGAUAUGCUUUUAUUCUCUCCUUCCAUUUCUUCCUUUCUUCUGUCUUCUCUUCUCACACUGCCCAGUUCUGCUACUGCCACCUUCCCUGUCUUGUUCUCAUGUCCACUUCGCCUCAGAACCAGAAGCUGGCAGGACACGGGCUAAUGGGUUAGGCAGGACACAGACUGAUGCCCUAGAGCGUCCACAGAAGUUCCUUUAAGGGCAGGGAAAAUGCCUGUUUUGUUUCUGUUUGUUUAUCUUUAUUUUCUAGCACCUAGGGCAAUUCCGGGUACAAAAUAUGUACUUAGUAAGUAUUUACUAAUGGACUGACUUGUUCUUAUGGUAAGAAAUGUGACCACAGAUAACUUUGGGUCACAUUCUUUCAGCUCUCAGUUGGAGGAGAGAGAACAUUUCUCACCAAUUGUUGGCUGUAAAUAUCCUAAGGAAGGAUUUGACUGGCUCAGCCUUGGAGUUAGGAGGACAGGGUCUGUGAUGGGCAGUUUCACCUGAAUUUUAUGGUUAGAGUUGAGGAGGAGCCAUUUUCCAAGAGAGAAGGGAGACAUGUCUGGGUCUGACCUGCUUUGACUUCUUAAAUUAUAUACAUUGCCAUUCCAUGAGGCCUCUCUUCCUGCCAGGAUCGGGGGCACACAGGAGCCAUGUGGUCUCUGCCAACCAGUCGCCUCCAUCAGAUUCCUUUUAGGGGCUUCUCCUCUAGAGGCUCCGUGUGAAGUCCCAGUGGUACA